CUGAUUACUACAACGAGCACGUAUGCCACGGACAAUCUAUCUCAAAAUCAGCCUCGUUUUCCUUAAUUUUAGAUGGGAAGAUAGAGUCUGAGUAUAAGGAACAAGUCACGCAGAAGGUGGAAGAAUGGAGAACUAUGGGUAGGUGUGAUGCAAGCAUUGCAUUGCGUCAAGGACAUUUAGAACUUCAGGCCAGGUGGCGUUCACAGAGUAAGUUCUACACAAUAAGAAGAGCGUGUUUUUGGGAGUAUCAACGGACGGAGAUCAGCAGCUCAAGCAAUGCAGAAACUUUGGGAGGACAUUCUGAUAACAAAAGCACCAAAUCUAGCGACAGUGUCGGGGUUCAUUCUCCCUCAGACAAGUGUUUUCUUCUCUCCCAAGAUUUCUCACGCACCUCAAAAUCAGAGAUGGCCAUCCCAGCACCUGUUUAUUUCCUUUUAAGGGAACAUGCAAAAUCUCUAGUUGCCAUUAAGGAACUGCAAGAACGUGUGAAAGUUAAUGAAGCAUUUCAAGACAGUGUUGCCACAGCAUUUCAAGGCAUUCAGCAACAAGUAAUGUGUGAUCAUGAAUGUGAAAGAUCAUUCAGGAACAAAUAUUCUAGUAAUGAGGUAAUUCGCCCGGUUCCAGCUACCUCCGAGUCUGGACACUUUAAGAGCAGUGGUCUAGGAUUGAAAGCAUCCCACCAUUUAGCUUCUUUACAUGCAACUCCAAGUUUUCUUAAUAAUAUACCUGCUGAUUCAAAAGGAAGGUUAACGAUGGAGAGUGACAAUAAACAAGAUAGUGGCUUGGAUUCUGACUGUCGAGACCUUGGCCAAAAUAGUAGUUUAAAACUCAUUAGUGAUACUUAUAAUUUUAAUAUGUGUGCACAAGUAGAAAGGGAUCAAAGAGAAUCUUGUGAGUCAGGGGUGGGUGAUGAACUUUCAGUUCUUUUGGAUACUAUUAAUCAAAAAGGACUUGUACUCAGAAAGCAGUUGGAUAAUAUAGAUAAGGAACGAGAUAUAAAGAAUGGAGAGUGUUUAACAAACUACCUACAAGAUCUUGUAUCUAACCACCACACAAGGAAUACUAUAGAAGUCAAACUGAAACAAGUUGAAAAGGAAAGAAACUCUUUACAUGAUAAGGUAAUGCAGCUGGAAUUGGCUUGUCAGGAACUAGAAAGUGAGAGAAAGCUACUUGAAGAAAGACUUGAAAUAACACUCUUUGAGAAGGAUCAGCUAGAGUUUCGUAUUCAUGAUUUAUAUGAUCAGUAUGUUAAGCCUGAUGUUACGGAAAGUGGACACUGGUCGGAUGAUAAAAUUGCAGGCUUGGACUUAAUAUCAAAAAAUGGUAAGUCAAGAAAACUGGAAGUAUCAUAUUCUUUCCCACUAGGAGUGACUAGUCAGGUCAAAGUGUCCUCUGUUCUGAAAGAAACAAAUAUCUUGGAACUUCAAAGACAGCUGAUAACUUGUGUUAUGGAAAAUGAUGUUUUACAUACCAAAAUUCAACAGUUAGAAGAUUUCCAGCAAGCAGAAAAAGUGGGAUGUGAGAAGUUCUGGGGUAAAAUAAAACGACUUCAGAGUGAAAAAGAAGAAUUAUACAUUACUCUACAAGCCAAUAAGAUAGAAUUAGAAACUGUGCAAGCCAAAAUUAUCUUGCUUGAAAAUUCCCUUCAAGCUCUAACUCAAGAAAACCAAGAACUUAACAAACAGCUUAGUGAAUUUCUGGAACGUACAACUGCAUAUCCUAGUUAUCAACAACUCCAUGAUACAGAAUUAACCAAGCAACUUUCAAAAACCUGUGUUGAAUCACAAAGCCUCCCUGCAUUCCUAACAUUAGACACUACAAAUUCUGCAUUGAGUGCUAAUGAAAUAUUAAAUACCAAGAAUGUAAAGGAUACAAGUUCUUCCACUAGUUUAACAUUUCUUGGUACUCGGGCCAAAGAUAUUAGACAUUAUGAUAUUAUUACAUCGAUGCAACACAGCUUAUCUUUAAGUAACCAUCAUUCUUUAGAGAUAGGAACAAAAACUCCUCCUUAUGCCACGUCCACCCCAAGUACUUUUACAAAAUUACCCAACAGUUAUAACUUAUCACAAGGUCUAGAUACACUGAAGUUUACCUCACUUAUCCAGCAUAAGUUCUUGACAACAAAGCAGAUGUUAGAGAAGGAAGAAUCUGUGUCCAAAAACAGUAUUCCAUCUACCAUUUCUCGGCAGAAAAAUGUUCAUACUAAUGAAAGAAUCACUUCUAACUAUGAUGCUGUGAUGAAUUUGGACAGAAAUUCACAUCCAAAACAAAUGGAUAGUAUUUGUAGUGAGUUUGAUCCUUUACAUAACAACAAACUUCACAGAGACCCUUUGAAGCAACAUGAAUUUAUUGAUUCUUUAGACCUGUCUAUACCACUAAAACCGACAAAGUCAUUCCAAGUAAACAGACGAGAUCUUCCUUUCCCCUCUAGUGCUGCUACCUACAUGUACCAGCAGGGACAAAAUUUGCCACAAAACUCUAAAAUUGACAGUGAGUUGGAAACACAUCUUAGGACUCAGCAGGUUACUUUCCAAACUGAAGGUAAGAAAAAUUCCCAAAACUUGCGACUUCAGCUUCAGAACAUUUUGGACCAUCUUUCAGCAGUUGAUUCAGAUGGGGCUCUGUUGUGAUAACCAUUCCUUCCUUUUCAUGGAUGGGUAUUAGCAGAUUUUGAAGACAGUGAUAUGUGUAUAAACUUUCUUUUGAUUUCAUCAAUGUUAUUUGUAAUUAUUGUUAAAUAUACAUCCAAGUCCAAAGAAUUAAAAAUUAUUUAAUAGGUAAUUAUAGAAUAUCUGUAUGAUUCAAAUAUAUAACCUAGUUGUUUUUAUUCUUUAUUGAUGGUCAUACAUAUAUGUGUGUGCAUAUUUGUAUACCAUAGAUUUUUCUUUACCCUCUUUAAAAAGGUUUUAUUCUUUCUGGGAUACAAAGAAUUUAUUCUGCUGUUCUUAACAAUGUAGUUUAUUUAUAUUCUGUAAAUAAAAGUUUUAAAAUCUCAAUUUUGCAAUAAUGAUAGGUCAUGAAAUAAGAUGAUCUUUAAAAUGAUUUUCAUAUUGAUAUCUGAGGUCACUUCAAAUGAAAAAUAUAUUGUCCUUAAAUAAUUAGUGUGUUUCAAGACUACUGCUUAUUUAUACACCAGAAAGAGUGGACAAAUAUGUUAGUUUUGUAAUGAUUAAACUUUUAAGCUGUGAGUUUACUAAAAUGAUCUGUUUGUGUAACAUUACAUUGUUUCUCAGCUCAAAACAAUAAUUAGCCAACUUCUGUUGUGUACCAUACCAAAGAGCCUCAAAUAUUGCAUCUUUAGUAAAUUUUCCACUCUAAAUUCAACUUUUUUUUCUUAGUUCAUUUUUACCGUGGCCUUAAAGACAUUUCCAAUGUGAUCUCUAGU